AUGUCGUCUUCGACAUUGACGCCAAUGCAAAGGUACGCAGCGGGAGCUCUGUUCGGGCUAGCCCUUCACCAGGCCCAGAUCCACCAAACUAGUCCGUUGGGUUUUCCGUCCGACGAGGACGAUCGCAUUAGCAAUAGCAGCAGUAGUGAUUCCGUCUCCGAAGGUCCUCAACUUUGGGUUAACGAAUCAUGCGGCCUCCUUCGCCCACUUUUCCAAUUUCUAGAGAUUGAUAAAAAAGCAUGGCCUGGACUAGAAGAAACUGCUGGGUCUUCAUCACCAAAGCAUCACGUGGGAGCGUUUCUAAGGUCGCUCUCUGUCUCUGAAGAAGGUGGUGAUACUUUUUCAGAAGCAGCAGAGAAGGAACUUGAUCUUGCAAAAGCAGUAGAUGCUAUGACAUCAAGCAUGGAAAAAACUUUGGAUAAUGUGUCCAAGCAGGAGAAGCGGGAAGAAUAUGAACAUGAGUGUCGGGAGAAAUUAUCUGUUGCUGAUAUGCAAUCCAGGUCCGGAGUGGAAAAUACUACAAAUAUUGAAAAUUACCAAGAGAAAAGCAAGAAGCCAUCUAGCAUUGAGCAG